CGCGCGCUCUGCGAGAUAUAAGCACGCACCUCGCACCAAGCGCCGCAUAACUUUGGCGCGCCCAAACGUUCCACGAGAACUUGGCGAACGACUUACACUACUGUCUACUGUCAUCACUUUAUUUUCCAAGAAAAAAAUAAUUUAUUUAAAACACCCAAGUCCUUUAGUGAGUUGUGAUCCAGUUUUGAGUGCAUAUAUUUUUUUCUAAACACUUUCCGGGAACUUUUGAGAUUCGUACUUUUGUUAAAGUUUGCGCUGCGAACCGACACUCCGCGGUACUGGGAAGAUUCCAUUCAAUUUGUUAAUUUACCCAAUUCUCACGCAAAAAUGAUGUGGUGGGCAGUGUGGUGCGUGGCGAUGGUAGCCGGGAGUACCGGUGCGGUGCCUGCGCCCUUCUACGAUGGAGCCCUGAUCGACCCCGUUAUCUACCACUGGGGCAAUAUCUGGACACCCGAUGACUCUACUCAGUUGACUGAUCACAGCGUGGAUGCGUGGCCAUCUUCAAACGGUGUCAGCGGAGUCAAUGUUCCACGUUACGAGACACUGUCAGAACUUCGAGAGGAGCAUACACGGCCAAAGCGCAAGAUGCCAUCACUGUCCAUCAACAACCCCAUGGAGGUGCUGCGGCAACGGCUGAUGCUGGAAGUGGCCCGCAAGCAGAUGCGCGAAGCAAACCAGCGGCAGGCUCUCCGCAACAGGGACUUCCUAAAGAGCGUCGGCAAACGAGGCUUCCUGGGAAACCGUGUACCAACAUUAUACAGCAACUAGAGCCUCUACCCUAACCCUUCAGUUGCGCGGGCGCCGCCACCGGCUGGGUUCCAGACGCCGCGCCGACAUUUUGCCUCUAAUGCCCUGGCAUUACUUUUCUAUCUACGAUGACAACCGAGUACUCCUUCAACCUAAAGUUUUUCAGUAACAAUCAUAUCGUAAUCUUACGCUUUGUGAAACAGAAACAAAUAGAUAAGAGAAAAAUAUAGACAUAAUCACAAAAAUCUGUUAACAUGUUUCAUAUUUAUUUAUAGACAAACCCUUCAAAAUGUCUUAGUAGUUAUAUAAAACGCUUUUACUUGUAUAUGUACUGUCUAUAGUGUCUGUUUAUAUUUUUAUCAUUUUUUAUCUAAAGCUGAGUUAUUCAACCCCGCUCACGAAAAUGUCAGGGAUGUACUUGUAAGCUUUUAAUCACUAAAGUAAGAUUAAUAGCGUUGUUGAACGACAACUAAGUUACUUCAUUGCCAACGACUUAUUUUACGUUCACGGCUCCAUUUGAGUUUUUACUUGUUCCUUUAAGAUUUUCGUUGUUAAAACUCGUGUGAAUAGAAUGAGGUUAUAUAAAACUUUUGCAGGCUAUUAAUCCAUAUUAUACUCCUUGAGUGUUGAUAGACAACGACAAAUUGGAAGUGACCGACUAUGCGGGACGCUCAUUGUUCACACACUUCGUUUAUCUUAAAAAAUGUAUAUUUUAUUAAAUUUAUGGCUUUGUAGAUACGUUUUAAGGUAAUGGUGCAUGUAAGCCAGCUCAACAUACGCCAUCACCUUACUUACCUGUAUGUCUUAGUCGUGGCGCGACGCUCCGCACUAAGUACCUCCUGACCCUUUCUUGUUCCAUAUUAGUAGUAUUUUUAUACGCUUGUUAUUGUUACCAAAUGGUGCCGUUUCGUUGUACUGUACUAUUAGAUCAUACUUCACAACCCCAUUUGUAGUGUACUCCUACAUUGAAAUGAUUUACGCCAUAAUUUUAAGGUUGAUUAUCGCUAGCGCCUACUAGCAAAGUGUUUAAUAUUAACAAUUUUAAUAAACAAUAUCUUAGAUAAAUGUAACGCAGCCACUAGAAGUUUAGUUUCAUAAUUUAUAUGUACAGUGUAGCUGUUACAAAGUCUAUAUUUUUAAGUUCCAUUGAUCUCUACUAGCAUGUAAUACGUAGACGAAUGUA